AUGCCGAAGGGGCCGCGGCAACGCCCGGCGGAGCGGUACCGCCUGAAGUACAGCCGGCUGCGGCGGGCAGCGCGGGCGCUGGUGUUCGAGAACGGGGCGCUCUGCGAUGAGGUGGCCCGGCUGGAGGCCAAGUGCCUACGGGCGCGGGACGAGCGCCGCUUCCUCCUCACCCGGCUCCUCCAACUCCGGGCAAUGGCUGGCCCUGAGGAGGUCCCUGGUGAAGUCACCGGCCGCCGGCCUCGCCGCGGUGGAUCCCGGGCCGACGGGUCAAGAGAUGGAGGGAAAGAUGGGGGGCGGUCAACUGGAGCAAGAGAUGGAGGGAGAGAUGGGUCGAGGCCAACUGGGUCAAGAGAUGGAGCGAGGGAUGGGGCGCGGUCAACUGGGUCAAGAGAUGGGCCAAGAGAUGAGUCAAGGCCAACUGGGCCAAGAGAUGGACCAAGAGAUGAGUCAAGGCCAACUGGCUCAAGGGAUGGGUCAAGGCUGGUUGGGUCAAGAGACGGGGUGAGGCCAGCCGGCUCAAGAGACGGUCUAGGAGAUGGAUCAAGGUCCAGUGGGUCAAGAGAUGGGCCGAGAGACAGUUCAAGGACACCAGGGCCAAGAGAUGGCCCAAGAGAUGAGUCAAGAGAUGGCUUGAGGCCAACGGGGCUGCGGGACAGCCCAAGAGAUGACUUGAGGCCAAACGGACCCAGAGGUGGCCCCAAGCUGGACACGCCGCCGGUGGCCAUCUUAAGAUCACCUGAGGACACCUCCAGCCCAGCUGGGCCACCGGCAGCCAUCUUGAGGCCACCCCCCCGCCGGCGCGGUGGGGCGUUGACGCUGCCCUUGGCAUUGGGGCCUCUGACAGUGCACAGCCUGGGUGUUGGUGGCGUGGGGCCGGGAGCCAUCUUGCCCCUGGGCUUCCAUAGUACCCGCCUCUUCGCCAGCACCCGCCGGCCGGCCCGCCGCUGCCUGUACACCUGCCGGAUCGUGGCUGGUCCCCGCUGUGAGAUUGUGUCCGAGGAUGAGCCUGGGAGGGUGCUGGUGGGCCCUACGCCCGAUGUCUGCCAUGGCCGGCUCCUCCAGGCCCUGGGGGAGGCUGGGGGGCGGCCCCGGGCAAUGCCACCAGUCCCUGGCGCCGGCGCUGACUUCUUCGGCCUCACCCAUCCCACUGUCCGCCGGCUCCUCCAGAGCGAGGCUGGGGCCUUCCUCCACCCUGAGGAGGAGGAGGAAGAAGAGGAGGAGGAGGAGGAUGAUGACGACGACGACGAUGAGGAUGAUGAAGAGGAGGAAGACGAAGAAGGGGCCACCCCAGUCUUCACCUACGCUGACGUCUUCCUUGGCAGCCCCACCGGCUCCGACGAGUGA